UGGUCCAAUUCCUUGUUCUUCCGUCUAAAGAGGUGAUGGCGCCACCGACAGAUACUGCCAGUUGAAAUCAGUGAUGGCCGCGAGGCUCGCGAUGCACAUUACGUCGAGAUUGCGUUGAGUUUGUUUAUCGUAACGUUCCCGUGUCAAAAAAGAUUUCGUGACUUUCGUCGAAAGCGGGCGAACAUCGUUACCUAUUUACGUAAAAAUUAUGUUCGGAUGAAUCGUAUUUGCUAUAACAGUUCAUAGAAACGACGCGAUUGCUUUUCUUGACAGUUCUGUCCCGUGUUCAGAGUAGCAGUAGCCACUCGAGUGCCACGAGAAGUGUCGUUACAUCGCCACUCAGGCGAUUUCCUCAGAACAGCAGUCGUCCUAAUGAUAUCGCGUAUGUGAUAGAACGAUACGAAAGUUGUCUUCGUCGACACGGAGACGGCGACCCCACACCCGUCGGCACUUUUUUUCCUCUCACCCUUGCUGGAGACACGCGCAUCGAAAGCGUCUAAGAUAAAAUGGCGGAGGAUGGUGCAGGAGGGUCAGGAAAUAGCAGCAGCGGGGAGGCAAGUCGGUUACAACUGCUGCAAGAAAUGCAGCAGCAAAAUUUUGAUAGCAUUCGAUUUGCAUCAUACCGUACUGCGUGCAAAUUGAGAUUCAUCCAAAAAAAAGUUCAUCUACACAACGUGGACAUAUGGAACGUAAUCGAAGCAUUUCGGGAAAAUGGUUUAAACACAUUGGAACCAUCGAGUACGUUGGGAGUUUCGAGGCUGGAAACUUUACUGUCUUCCUUAUUUCAUGCCCUUAAUAAACGAGUGCCUGUUUCGCAACAAGCCAAAGUCGAUGCUACAACCGCUCUGUUGAUGAACUGGUUACUUGCAGCCUAUACUACAGGGGAAAACAAUAAAAUAUCCGUUUUCUCGGUGAAAGUAGCGCUGGCUACGUUAUGUGCUGGAAAACUCAUGGACAAAUUUCGAUAUAUAUAUUCGCAAAUAUCGGAUAGCAAUGGUCACAUGAUACACUGGAGAUUCUCUGAGUAUUUAAAGGAAGUUCUAGCGUUAACGGCUGCGGUUUAUGAAUCGCCAUCAUUUGGAUACUCUGAGGGUCUCGCCAAUUCAAUAUUUCCUCAAAAUUCAAAAGUCACGGUUAACGAUUUUUUGGAUACGCUUAUGUCUGAUCCAGGACCACACUGUUUAAUAUGGCUUCCAUUAUAUCAUAGAAUGGCUGCUGUUGAAACAGUGGCCCAUCCUGUCAUGUGUGACGCGUGUCAUAAAGAGAACUUCACCGGCUUCCGAUACAGAUGUCAGAAAUGCCACUCAUACCAGCUCUGCCAAGACUGUUUUUGGCGUGGUAAAGUUUCUGGGACACAUAAUAAUGAUCACGAAACGAGGGAGUACAGUAGUUUUAAAUCGCCAAGUAAACAAAUUGGACAUUCCUUACGGAAAAGCUUUAGAUGCGUACCUGAGAAGGGAAAGAAUAGUUUGCCAAGAUUUCCUGAUCAACCCGAGAAGACGUUAGAUUUGUCACACAUAGUCCCACCAUCACCUUUACCAUCUCACAACGGUUUUCCAGAUCCAGGUUUUAUGGCUCCUUUUGAUUCUGGAUCGCUGGAUAGCCGUUCUACUUUAAGGAGUAUGGAUAGUUCAAGACUGGACGAUGAACAUAAAUUAAUAGCACGAUACGCACAAAGGUUGGCUCAGGAAGCUAGGACUAUGCCUCGUGCCACAUCCAGAAUGUCGCAAGCUGACCAAGCAGGUAGGGCACCAUCUGACGCCAAUUUGUCAUCAUUAGAUGCCUCAAGAGCACAACGCGAACUUAUAUCGCAGUUAGAAGCAAAAAACAAGGAAAUAAUGCGCGAGAUUGCAAGGUUAAGGAGACAACAAGAGAUAGAAGCAGCUGGUUUAGAAAAUCCGGCAUUGAUGUCAGAACUAAGAGCUUUGAGACAAAGAAAAGAUGAAUUAGAAACUCACUUAGCAACAUUACAAGAUUCUAGAAGACAAUUAAUGGUCCAGCUAGAAGGUUUAAUGAAAAUGUUAAAGAAUCAUCAGGCAUCUCCAAGAUCAACGCCCAAUAGUUCGCCGCGAAGUACAAAAUCACCACCUUUACCGCCCGGUGCAGUACCAAGUAGUAGAUCAGCUCCACCAACACCAGGUGGUCCACUUUCUACAACACCACAACAACAACAACAGCAACAGUCGCAAAGUCAACAACAAAUGUCUCAAAGCUAUCAGAGUCCUGUUCCACCGACAUCAGUGGCGAGUGUAACCAAUAAUACCAUGCUGGGAACGAUACAAAAUCCUAUUCCAGAUAACUUAUCAUGUGUUGGAGGUGACGUAAGGUCUGCGUUCAGGACAAACAGCUUGCCAGGAAGUGGUUCCAGCAGUGCGAAUAAUAGCUUGGGCCGAUCCUUACGAAAUGACUUAUUGGUAGCUGCUGACAGUGUUACUAAUGCCAUGUCAACACUCGUGCGGGAAUUGAAUUCGGACUCAGACCAGGAGGAUCAUUCUCACAACUCUGGCCGAAUUAACAUCAGAAAGCCGCUAGAUUUCGAGGCCGGCGAGGAUGGCGAUGAUAGCAGCGGUGGUGGAAAUUCGUGGCGAGAGGAAUUACAACGACGUUAUUUGCAGGAAAAUGAUUUUUUGGCUGAACUGCGUGCACGUAAUGUUAACAUUUCACAAACACCAUCUGCUACACCAUCCAGUGAACAAGAACAAGAAAGAGGUGAAAGGGAAGAAGCAGAUGGAGAAAAGGAGGAUGAAAAUGAAUCCAACUGGAUAGAACCAGCAAAAAAAUGGGUCAAUCGAUAAGUUUGUAACAUGACAUUUACAUGUAUUCUAACGGCUUAGAAACUGCUACCAAAUGAAACGCAAAUAAGUUAUUGUAGCUCCACAGGUUACUUAUGAUGGGCAUAUAUCUGGGUGUUAGUGUGAAAUAUAAUUAGUAUGACAUUAGAUUUCGGACAGUAUUUAAAAAUCUUACA